UCCGUCCCUCCCUCGUCUUUUUUGUGUCUAGGGUUUCAUUCGCCACUUGGUCAAUUGAUCGAAACUGCUGGUCCGCUUGCGUGAUAAUAGAUAGGAGGGAUUUGUGAUGGCGAGGAAACGGAAAACGGAGGAGGCGGCAACGCCGCUGGACGAGGCCGACCGGACCCUCUACUCCACCUUCCGCGGCGCCGCCAACUCCGUCUCCCAGCUCUACACGCAAUCCGUGCAUCACCGGGCUCUUUCCUUCCACGCCGGCGAGCGCCACGCCCUGGAUAAGCUCCGCCAGUGGAUUUUGAGUCAGGAUGAAAUUGGAUCAAGGUUGACUGUAGCUGACAUUGCCACCCAUAUUCAGAAUGAGAUGGACUUCGAAGUAGAGAAUCCAUCAACAUCACCGAUAUCGGAAUUCCAACAACAAACCCAAUCCACAAUGCACUUCAUGAACUCGAGCGCCCAACCAUUGUUUGAUCCAUCUUCUCAGGCAUCAACCGGUUGUGUCCCUCCUAGUGGUGACUCUGAUCAAGCCAAAAACUGUGUUUUCUCAAAUCCACUUUCCGGUCCUGCUCGUGGGAGCUUUCAGCAUUGUCACCUUGCUCAGGGAUGUGGCGUUUAUGCAAAUGGUGGGGCUAGAAAUCAUGAUCCCAACCACAAUCAGGAGCUUAAUUCUCUCAGAUCCAACGAAUCAUCCAUGGAUAUGAAUCUAGAUAGUCCAACCCAUCAAUCUUACUGUUGAAAUUUAUCCCUCAUGGUGAUAACUUUUGUAAUUCCAAGGAUUAAUUAUAAGUUUUUGGGGACUAAAAUGUAAAAGUUGAAGUUU